CCCACUCGAGCACCUGAAGGCAACAUCGUCUUAAAGAGUGUCGAGAGACGAUGGCGGCCUGCAAAGACAGGCUGGUCAGCAGGGCUCUCCUCGUCUAACCUGAACAUGCCAGUGUAGCUGGGUCCAUGCACAUCUACGGUGGGAAACAAAUUCGGGUAGCUUCAGGUGGUUUUUGUCCUUUUUGGCAAUCAUGGAGGACGACUGCGUGUGUGAUUACGACUCGACCUGGGACACAGAGAGUGAUGGAGAGGACCCGGCCGGAGAUGGCCAACCUCGUCGAUCCAGUCAAGACAAAAAUAAAUCUGGUUGGACUUUAGUAUCGUGGCAUCACACGCCCAGAAACAUGAGGGCAGCAAAGGACAUGCAGAACUACAGAAGAGGAUACCCUAAUCUUGCAGAUGAAGAGUGCUCAGAGGACAAAAUGAACAAUUUGCAGUUUUACCUCAAUAAAUUCCCCUCUUCACCUGAUGAUGUCUACAUUGAAUCGUUCCUCAAAGAAUGGAAGAAUGACUACAAAAAGCUGGAGAGAGUUCACUCAUACAUUCAGUGGCUGUUUCCACUCCGAGAACCAGGGGUAAACUACAUGGCUUCUGAACUCACAAAGAAGGAAAUUGAGGCCUUUAAGAGUAAUGAGGAUGCAAAAAAGAGGCUAGUGGAGUCCUAUGAACUCAUGUUGGGCUUCUACGGCGUCCGCCUGGUUAACAAAGAGACGGGUGAAGUGACACGAGCAGACAACUGGAAAGAGCGCUUCGGGAACCUUGAGCGGAACAUGCACAACAACCUGCGCAUCACUCGCAUCCUAAAGAGCCUGGGCGAGCUAGGAUUUGAGCACUAUCAGGCGCCGCUAGUUCGCUUCUUCCUCGAGGAGACUCUGGUCAAGAAAAACCUCACCAGUGUUAAACGCAGCGUACUUGACUACUUCCUGUUUGCGAUUCUGGAUAAACAAAAACGCCAGGAGUUGGUGCGCUACGCCUACCUUCACUUUGAACCAAAGGAUAAAUUUGUGUGGUGUCCCAGGAAGAUUCAGAAGCAGUUUAGGAAGGCAGAGAAACGAUCAGAAGCUUUUGGCAUUGGAGAAGGAAAAGAUGAUGUCUAUUCAAGGGCUAAAAACAAAGAAGGAGAAAAGGGGGUGCACCUGAAAGAGGAUAAACUGGACAAUGCAGGAAAGCCACAGAAAGAAUCUGAAACAAGUAAAGACAAAAUCAAACAGCCUGAGUCAGCACCUCAGGUCAAGGAAGAUAAAAUGUCUGUUGGAAAUGGGAAUUUAGAGACCAACAAUAAUUUAGGGAACAGCAACGAGGCUACGGAUGAAGUUGAUGAAAUGGAUCAGUCGCCUACCCCUGACACUGUGACUGUCAAAACUGAGCCCACUGCGGAUAUUGACUCCAAACCCACGAACCACUCACAGAACACCAUUCAGGAACCUGACAAUGUUAUGCAAACAGAUGGAGUUGUGGGCACAGAGGAGCCUCUAAAGAAGAAGAGAGAAGAUGGUGCGAUGAUGCAAACCAACGGCAUCUCUGCUGGAUACGUGAGCUCUGGCCAGGCAGAGAGGAAGGCUGGUAGUAACACAGCCCAAAUGAACUCUCCUGCUCAAACACCUCUUAAGACUUUAAAACACUCACCCUGUCUGUCAUCAGGCAGGGAGGAGAAGAUUCCAAGGACUGACUUUACUCAAGUGCCAGAUCAGGAGGACAAAGUGUCGCAGGCAAACAGGAGCAGCCAUGAAAAUGGUGACGAACAGACCACUGAGAGGAAGCCAGAAGAUGUCGACAUGGAGUCAAACCCCUCGACUGUAGACCCCAAUAUGGGUAACCCAUGAACAGUUCUUGUAUUACCUUGACCCAGUUCCAGUGUUUUUCAGUCUAAAUUAUUACAUCCAACAGGAAUUGUUGGUUGUUCCAUUUUGAGCAGUCCAUUUCUUUUCCUAGACAGAGUGGUGUUCUGUUUCGAGAUUUGCGCUCAGAAACCCUGUAUGGUUGAAUUAAUCAAUAAAUGGAAGCAAGAAAGGACCGUUAAAGCCUCAUUAAGCUUUGAUGCUUUCACAAACUCCUAUUGAACAUUUACUUUACUUUUAUUUAACAGAGAUGUUCUAAACUCUGUUACCAACUAAAAAUGAACUAUUUAUGUCGGUGUUUUGUUAUUAUAGUAUCAUUUAAUAAUGGAAAUAAGCAACAUUAAAAGGCAACAACUGCAAAACAACAUCUAAAAUGGUGCCUUUUUUGUAAAGAUAAUGGACAGUUUUGAUUGACACUACCAGAGAUGAGAUAUUUUAACAGUCUCAAUCAAAAGUUGGCAUUAUCAACUUUUUGAAAGGCAAAAUCCUUUGAGGCAGUUCGCUGUAGCUGUUGCAGGUGUGCCUACAAGUAUGGCUAGUGAGUUGUAUGUCUCAGUAAUUAAAUAUUUAAGCCCAAACACGGAAUUAAAACCUAAAAUAUCUACUGAAGUGAAACGGGUAUUAGGUACAGAUGAAGAAAUUAUUAUUUUCUUGGCUCUAUUACUCUUAUAUAUUGGUUGAAAUUAUUAUGUUUAUUUUCAAAAUUAUAUGAGCUAAAAUUCUCAUUUAAUUCUUCUACGGGCCAUUAUUGACCGAGGUUAACUAAAUGCUGAUCUUUAUUAACUGUUGGACAGUGUUUUUACAAGAAAAUGUUGCUUUACACUGAACAACGAAUUGGAAGGUUUUUGUCUCCCUUUGCAGGCUGUUUUUGUGUUCAUGCUGAAUUCGCACACAUUGGUACUCAAAUUUUUCUUUCAGUCUGUGUGCUUUCACUUGAAUGGAAAGUUGACUACUGGACAACAGAAAGCCUUGCCAGAAAUGUUAUAGACUGAUUGAUUGUAUUUGAAAUGUUUGUCUUUGCGUCACAAUUGGUAAAGCUGAGUUCCAUCUGUAUUUUGGUUUUUGAGAAUACAGGAAGUAUGUAAAGCCAU